AGUCUGGCUUGAGUCAGUUGGAACUCACAGCGGUAUGAAACGAGACACCUUCAUUUCAUCAAUGACACAAACAGGAGGGGUACAUAUGAACUUCAUUAACAUGAUGUGAGAUGUUAAAAUGACAGCGGAGUAACUACACACACAGGAGAAGGUCUUAAACUGCCGGAGAACAACCAACACACAAGAGAGGUUCUCGCACUUUUCUAUCGUGCUGGCUCAAAUGAUGUUCGUCUUCACGCUCUGCCUAUCCUUAUGGUCCUGGAUGUCAUCCAUUCACGGUCUGGAUUUCCGCUAUCAUAACAGCGUGGAAAUGGAGCAGUACUUGAAAGACGUCAACAGGACGUAUCCUGAGAUCACACAUCUACACAGCAUCGGGCAGUCUGUCGAAGGAAGAGAACUGUGGGUCUUAAUACUGGGUCAACAUCCGAGAGAACACAGAACAGGCAUCCCAGAAUUCAAAUAUGUGGGAAACAUGCACGGAAACGAGGUUGUAGGGCGUGUGUUACUGCUUCAGUUGAUUAAUUAUCUGACCAGCCGUUACCUGAGUGAUCCGCUGGUGACACGUAUGUUGAACAGCAGCCGUGUGCACAUCCUGCCAUCCAUGAACCCGGACGGCUUUGAGUCAUCUGCCCGGGACUGCAUGAACUCGGUGGGCCGGAAUAAUAAGAACGGCGUGGACCUGAAUCGUAAUUUUCCGGAUGCAUUUGAGAGUAAUACCGAGCAGGUAAGUGAGAAAGAAGUCAUGGCAGUGAUGGACUGGCUGAAGACGGAGACUUUCGUCCUGUCGGCCAAUCUCCACGGAGGUGCGGUGGUGGCCAGCUACCCCUACGACAACAGCAACAGAGGAAGCGAGCUGCAAGGAGGCCAGAGCAUCUCCCCCGACGAUGACGUGUUUGUCCACUUGGCAAGGACCUACUCCUACAACCACACUGAAAUGCACAACGCAAACAGUUGUUUCGAUUUGACGGGCUUUGUCAACGGCAUCACUAACGGAUACUACUGGUAUCCUCUAAAAGGGGGAAUGCAAGACUAUAACUAUGUGAGGGCACAGUGUUUAGAGCUCACACUGGAAAUCUCUUGCUGCAAGUUUCCUCUAGAGUCACAGCUUCCUGGCCUAUGGGAGGCCAACAGACCUGCACUACUGGCUUACAUGCAGCAAGUACACCUAGGAGUGAAAGGAGUAGUGAUGGACUCAGACGGGAAGCCUGUGCAAAACGCUGUAGUCGAGGUGUUGGGAAGAAGAAACCUGUGUCCAUUCAGUAGCGAUCGUAACGGGGAGUACUUCAGACUGCUGCUGCCCGGCAGCUACACCAUCACGGUGACACACCCAGGACACAAGACCCUCACACAGAGCAUUAAAGUGCCAUAUGGUCCCGACUCGUUCUCUGCCCUGACACACAACUUCCUCCUUCAGCAGAGUGACAACAGCACAACAGGAACAGCACAACCCCAGUCCUGCACCAACGCAAUCACAACACUUACCUUAUUCAUCCUACAAAGACUGCUGUCCUGAGAGGGAGCAAAGACUCUUUUAAACAUUAAGGACAAACUGAACUGCCUUUCUUGCACAUUCAUAUUUUUUAAUUCUGUACUAAAUCAUGAUGCCAUCCAUAUCUAGCAUUGUCAAACAUUCAAUAGUAGCAUGUAAAGACUUGAUCCGCAGCGCAACGUUUUGAAACAGUACAGGUAAACGUGAAAC